GGCUCCUAUCUCGGCCCGAUGGAGAUUCUUUGUUUAUAAUUUGCAUUUGAAAAAAAGUUAGCUGUCAAAUGGAUUAUUUAAUGCUAUUCUGGCUGUGUUUUUAUAACUCGUGAUUGUUUCGAAAGUUAUUAUAUGAACUUUUCUUAAGUAGUAGUUGUUGAUGGCUGUAGAGGACCUGGAGCCCCUCACCAAAAGUGAGCAGAAGGAUGCACGAGAGGGCGAGACGGAUGGCAAAGACACGGGUGAUUCCCUCAAUGCCCUUUUGACAUCAGCUCUCCAUAAGCAUGCUGCAAAGAAAUUGGCAAAGAAAGUAGGCAAGAAGAAAAAAACAGAAAAUGACCAGGAGGUCAGAAUAGAAAAAGUUGCUGAGAAAAAGAAGAAGGAAAGUAAGUUCUCCAAGGGAAAGAAAUCUGAUGAUGAAUUGGAACUAAGAGAAGUUACAGUCAUAAGGGAAAAGAAAAAAGGAAAGAAGACAGUUCAAGAUGAGGAACGUCUCCAACCACCCGAAGAAGCGGAAGAUGAAACUCUCAAUGAUCUGGAAGCGGGGAAAGAGGAGGAUGACAACAAUGAUGAAGAGGUUCCACGCAAAGAUUCCUGUCCUUCUGGCGCAGAGAUUGAUUCACCAACGAGAGACUACCUCAAAGCUGUCUCUGUGCCCAAGAAGAAAACGGCACGGAAGCCGAGGCGUGUUGUCAAGGAUGAUGGGAAAGUUUUAGGCAUAACAGUGCAUUGCGCAGAUAGGCUCGAGGGAUCGCCUCUGCUGCUGCCUCAUCCAGCUGUCCAGGUGCACAUUUGCAAUGCAGACACGGGUGAUUGGCUACAGAAAUCCAUGCCAGAACGGAAAGUCACUUCCUACUACGAGAGUAACGACGUUGACCACAUUCUCCCCAUCAUGACGCAGCCAUAUGAUUUGCGCAAAGCCAAGAGUCUUCAUUGCCGCUGGGAAGAGCAGCUGAUAUUUAAUGAGCCGAUGGGGCAUUUCACUUCACCCGAGCCACAAGUCAUCGUUUUCUUCCAGAUGAUGGACUUCCCACCCUCAUCUGCCAACACCUCUAAUGUCACGUCCAACCAGACCAGGGGAUCGGCAGCAAGUCGCGGCUUGACGACGUUUGCCUGGGCAUUCCUCAAGGUGCAGGGGGCUAACAACCACUUCAACAUUGGUCAGAGGUUGCGGUUGCAGCUCUUCCGGCCGAGAAAGCAGUCUGGGAUUGGCCUCAAAGACUUACACAGCUGGUGGAAAAGCGGCAGCCGGACCAAAUAUCCAGCCACUCUCUAUGUCACCCUCCAGGAAAUGGUCAUACCGCAGAAUCCUCGGCCAGCUCUGAGAUCCAUGCUUGCCACACAGCAGGAGCAAGGUGGAGGAUCAGUUUUGAUGGAUGUUUUAGAUCAGUCGUCAACAAAUGGAUCAGUUCAUGGACCUUCAAGUACACAUGACAAACUACAAGUCAGUUGGUCACGCAAACCAAACCAGUCCUGUAAGAUCCCAAACCAUGUCAGACACUGCCUCUCCUAUACUGACCAAGGUUGCCUAGUGGUAAAAUUUUCAAACAGUGGACUGAAACUAGCCUGUGGUGCUUACAAGCAGAUUCUUGUAUAUGAUGUUUUAAGUGGGCAGCUUGAACUAAGUUUAUCUGGACAUUUGGGGCUUGUUUAUGAUGCAUCUUGGAGUGACAGUGACGAGUUGUUGCUUACAGCAUCUGCAGAUUCAACAGCGCGUGUUUGGAACACCAAAGCUGAGGAAAGCUGUGGACAUGGCCAGGUUUUAGCUCACCCCUCGUAUGUGUAUACAGCUAGAUUUGUGCCUUCAAGACACCAAGUCAUAGUCACUGGUUGUUAUGAUCAUGUUUUAAGGGUCUGGUGCAGCAGUAAGGGAGGAGGUUAUGGGGUUGUGCAGGAACUAACAAAUCACUUGGGGUUUAUUAAUGCACUCUGUUUCAAUCCAGAAGGAGAUGUGCUGUAUUCAGGGGAUAAGCAAGGCAUAAUUCUAGUCUGGAAGGUCAGUAUACCAAAGAAGGACAAGGGAAAGAAGAAAAUCAAGCCCUUGACUUUUGAACAUGAAGUAAAGAUACCUGACAUUUUAGGAAACACAAUCAAUACCAUAGCUUUUCAUCCAGGAGGUUACCGCUUGCUGGUUCACACAAGGGACAGCCAGAUAAGACUUGUGAAUCAUGUGCAUUGGACUGUAACUCACAGGUUGAGAGGUUUACUGAAUGUACGUGAGCAAAUUCGAGGAUGUGUAAGCCCAUGUGGAACUUGGGUAUUGUCAGGCAGUGAAGAUCAUGGUGUUUAUAUCUGGAACUCAGACACCGGAGAAAUGGUGUCAGCUUUUAUGGAUUUACCUAUUGAUGGAACAAUAUCAUGCAUUGACUAUCAUCCACAUGAACAUAUGGUGGCUUUAUGUUCGUAUUCCAAUGAAGCACCAGUCCUGAUGCUAGAUUAUGAUGAGGACAUGCAGGUCACUAAUACCACAGUCCCACUUGCGGUUCAACCUGCUGGCUCAGUGACUGCACACUCUCCUAUGUUGAGAAGUCCAAGUCCAAGCAUUGUCCCAAGAAAAUUGUCUUCUUCGCCUCAUAGGAAUUACACCUCCACUUCCAUGGACAGAAGUGUAUCUUCUGUGCCACAAUCUGAAGUUCUUCCAUACAAGACCAGGCCUUUAGACCCUAGUUCUUUCCAGCACAAUAAUAUGCACGGUGACGUGCACAACACAGCUCUUGAUCACGAUGCCUCUACUAAAAGGAACACAGUUAACUCUGUUGGAAGUAAAGACCUGUGGAGUGAACAAGGCAAAAGAAUUCUUAGCAAGUUGGACACAGUGCUGAAAAUGGCAAGUGAAAACCCCAUUGGCCUAAAUGACAGCAGUGUUAACCACUAUGGGGAUGAUUUGGUGCCUCUGGGACAGUUGGCUACAGUCUUGUAUGACUACCACAGUGUGGAGCGUGAUGAACUCUCCGUUAAGCAAGGAGAUUAUGUUAUGGUGAUUCAGGAAACCAACAGUGAUUGGUGGCUGGUGCGAACUGCUGACCAAAGACUCACUGGCCUUGUACCAGCUUCAUACCUGCAGCAGCUACAUGGGGGAAUAAGGGUAGACUAUGACGACAUUGAUUGGAUAGAUUCGGGGAAUGUGAUAGCCAUCCCGUCAGAGUGCGGAGAGGUGAGUUUCAUUUCCGACAGUGAGGGAACUCCAAGCAAAGCCAGGGCCAGGAGGCAUAAGGCAAAAAUGGGUGGAGAAACUGCAAAAGUCAUCACUUCUACGCCAAGACCUAAGUAACCACCAAACAAUGAGGGAAAUAAACACAGGUGCCGAUACUGUAGUUUGUGCCUACUGCAGAAAUGUGUACAAUUUUCCAAAUCUAUAUGGAAUUAUAAACUUUUCCUUGUUUAAUUAUUUGUUAUUUGUUUUUAAAAAUGAUAGUUGAAAGAGGUGCUUGAAAAAGGCAUUCCAUUUUAAAACCUGAGAGAGGCAUUGAUUCACUUAUUUAUUUAUUUUAUCAAGAUUAAUUGAUUAUACAUUGUAUAGUAUAUUGUGACAGUUUUAAAGAGGGCAUUUCCUGGGUAUCAAUUCAGUUUUUCUUCUUUUUAUGGAAAUGCAGUCUUGUUCCUGAUUCCCCAGAUAGCUCUGUCUAAGAUAGGUGGGAAGGGGGUAGGAUAAAGAUAGUAGUAACCAUGAGCAGAAAUUAGUCUCCCCCCCUUAUCAAAUACUUGACGAGUUUACUCAUAGGCUUGAAAAGCAUGUAGUAACAUGUAGCAACUGGUGCUUCACAAGAUGCCUUUGGUUAUUUUCUUGUGCCUGGAGGGGGAAAAAUAAGUUAUAGAUUUACAGUGUCCUUGAAACUGUGCCUCUGAGUUAGUUAAGGUGUUGACAGUGGUGUGCUCUGACGACAACCAAAGUCUUUAUGUGUAAUUUUAUACCGUCCAUUAUAUAGGUGCCAUUACUGCUGGAAAGUUUUAUGAUCUUUUUGUCUGAAUACAAUUUCUUGGCCAUGAAACAAACUGACAAAAACAAACAAACACACACACAUGCGCGCACACACACUCACACUCUCGCU